UGAAGUUGUUGGAAAUGGACAUGCCCAGGAAGCAGGAUUUUAGUAUUACAACGCCGUUUAGGACUACCCGCUGGAAUGGGAACAGCUCAGCAGAUUACUAAUAUUUGGACACAUAGGCACCUUAAACCAGACGGGGAAAUACACACGUCUUGCGACUCCGGACUGAAGAUAGUGAUUUCUUCAAAAGUUGCUCUGUCAAAUGCUAUAGCAAGCGUGAGAAAUAAGAGUAACCUCGGGCUAAAAACAGACAUGGAACGCAAGAGUUAGACUUAGUCCUGACACCACCAAACUGUUGACUUCUUCCUCGAGCUGUUUUUGUUUUUAACUGUGGCGAAAGACGUAUCAAAAAUAGUCACCAUGCCUGCCAAAACAAAAUAUAAUUUAGUCGAUGAUGGGCACGAUUUGCGGAUUCCUUUGCAUAACGAGGAAGCAUUCCAACAUGGAAUUAAUUUUGAGGCAAAGUAUAUCGGUAGUCUGGAUGUGGCUCGACCCAAUAGCCGUGUGGAGAUUGUUGCGGCCAUGAGGCGGAUAAGGUAUGAAUUUAAAGUGAAGAACAUCAAAAAGAAGAAAGUCAACAUCAUUGUGUCUGUUGACGGGGUGAAGGUAGCGCUGCGGAAAAAGAAAAAGAAAAAAGAAUGGACCUGGGACGAAAGCAAGAUGAUGGUGAUGCAAGACCCAAUUUACAGGAUAUUUUAUGUAUCACACGAUUCUCAAGACUUGAAGAUCUUCAGUUAUAUUGCAAGAGAUGGACAGAGCAAUGUGUUUCGAUGUAACGUCUUCAAAUCAAAGAAAAAGAGCCAAGCCAUGCGGAUAGUACGGACGGUAGGUCAGGCCUUUGAGGUUUGUCACAAACUUAGCCUGCAGCACACCCAGCAGAACGCAGAUGGCCAGGAAGAUGGUGAUGCCGACAAGACCUGCACAGACUCUGGAUUACAAGGGCGGGAGCUGACAGGGGCCGAAAAGCCGGCUGCAGAGGAGACAGACAUUGAUGCAGAGGAACAGCCACUCCCUGACAGCACAAUAGACGAAUUCAGUCGUGGAGUAACUGACCUGGAUGCAGCCAAGAAAGAGGAGGAAGUCACCAAGGACAAAAGGCCCUCUGAGGAGCCCAACAUCCUGCUUGCUUCCCCAAAGUUGCUUCUUCCAUCGGACAGUCAACUCCCGGCCAGCACGCCUCUGUCAGUGCACCACCAGCUCCAGCUGCUCCAGCAGCAGCUCACUCAACAGCAGCAGCAGACUCAGGUCGUUGUGGCCCAGGUUCACCUGUUGAAGGAUCAGCUCUCCGUAGAGGCUGCGGCGAGGAUUGAAGCCCAGGCUCGAGUUCAUCAGCUGCUAUUGCAGAAUAAGGAUCUGCUACAGCAUAUUUCUCUCCUGGUCAAACAGGUUCAGGAGCUGGAGCUCAAACUGUCUGGACAUGACUCUAUGGGAUCUCAAGACAGUCUACUGGAAAUCACAUUCCGUGCCAAUGUACCCCCAGUCCUGUGCGACCCAACCACCCCACGACCAGAGGACGGUGUCCUCCCUCCAUUCAACGAUGGGACACAGCUCACCCUGCCACUGGGCAGUCCUAUAGUGGACCAAAGCAUGUUUGAGAACUCAAACUUUGCGGAACAGCCCAAGCAGAAUUCUCGUCCAGCGGGCAACACUGGCAGUCCAGCAGCCUCCACAGACACCUCUGCUCUGGCAGGAUCAAAAACAGGUGGCAGCCAGCACCUGAAAAAUGCCCUCAACUUGGGCAAAGCCAUGGGAGCAAAGGUAAACGACCUGCUUCGCCGAAAAGAUCCCAAUAGCCUCGGAGACAUCGGAGUCACAGAGGUCAAUAAGAACGUGGAGGCAGUGUGGUCCAGCCUGGCUGAGAUGAGCCACAGUACAGCAGGGAACAGUCACAUCUCUCUGGACUCCUUCCCUCGGUUAGAUCCCCCACCUCCCACCAGCAAAAAGCGUCUUCCACGUGCCUUGAAGACCACCCAGGACAUGAUGAUAUCUUCUGACCCUGUAGUAGCCUCCCCCGACUCGUCCUUCAUCUCCUCACCUGACAAGACUCCCCUCAUCUCCAAAGAUAAAGCGCAGCUUCAGUCAGAAUCAAACCCAGACGAGCCCAACCUAGAGAAACCUUCAGAACCUAGUGACCAUGUCAACAGCCAGAUAGAGAAGAAGCCCAAUUUUGAGCUAAAAAAUGAGCCCACUGCUGUGGUGGCGGAUGGGCUUAAAGAGGAAAAUGCUGAGGACGUAGAUCAGCCACUGCUUUCUGUUCCUGAUCUGAUUCACAAAGACAGUCUGGACCCAAAACAGAAACUGGCCAUUCCAGAAACUAGAAUGGCUUCCACCCCUUGUCCAGGCAAAGGAGGAUGCCGCAUUAGCGUCACUGAGGGGGAAAUGUUGGGAAACGGCACAGUGGAUUACCAGACCCUCAGUUUGGAGGGUGAGGAAUCCCACCCCGACCUGCUCUCAUUUGAAUAACCUAACCUUCGUUCCAUGAUCACCUCCAUUCAUCAUUAGUUUUCAAGAGACAAUAUGUGUGACUGGAGCGAGACAAUAUGUGUGACUAGAGCGCAGGAUUCUCCAGGCAUCAACAAUGGGGAAAAAAUCAGUAUGCAUUGAGAAGACAGGUCAAAAGUGGCUUUGAAUCUGUCAGUAAAACUGGCCAGACUUUGUUCUACUUUACCUUUUGUACAUUUCAUUUUGCCUUUAUAGCAAAGUACCACUGAUUGUACUUUCUUUGUAGCUCAAAUCAUACAAAUGAUGAAAAUAACUAUUUUUGUUUUAUUGUAGUACCAUAAUGCCUUUGAAAGAUUGUAUUGUUAAAUAUUUGUGGACCUGUACACAAAAUAACCAUGAAAAGUCAUUUAAUAGAAACCAAAGUCAAAACUAUACUGUAAUACCUCCAAAAAGCUGUCUUUGCAGUCUCUGACUUGAGCAGCAUUUCAUGUCUUAUACUGUAUAUGUUCUUCUUUAAUUCAUAUCAGUUUGUUUUUACAAGCAUGGCAGUCCCACUUGAUAUAUAGUAUAGGUGUCUUUAACUACCAUGUACUUAUACACUUAAGCGUGAGGGGUAGAGUUCGAAGUGAUGGUUAGGGGUGAGGGUGAUGGUUUGGGUAGGGUUAGGAUCUCUACAGAACUCCAAAUAAAGAACAACUUGUAUGUACACAAAUACAUUGUAUAAAAUGUAAUUAAACACACCUAAUAUAAAGUGGGGCCGGAAUGGCUUAAUCAUUUAUAUUUUAUUUUACAAGACAUUAGUUGUAUAAGUUUUAUGACCACAUUUCUGACCUUGGCUCAACACUGUGCUCACAUGUCAUAAUCUUUGCCAGUAUGAGCAAAUGCACAACUGAACUUGGAUCAGUCUAUAAAGCAUUAUGCACCUAAGGCCAGCAGUUUGAAACUGCUUCCUUUUUGUUUUUGGCUAAGCAUUUCAUCUUGUGCAGGACACAUUUCACAAUGACAUCUAGAUCAAUGAGAAGACAUAGGGUUCGCUACCUUUGUUAGAAGUGUCAUAAUGAUUAUCUUCAAGGUGAUGAGGGCUCGGUCAACAUGAAGGUAUGCAGAGGGGCUCUAAAAUUCCAUGGAAUGCCAUAACUCAAACACUAAUCUCAGUCCUUGUCCUCUUGUUUGUGUAGACAUUCUGACUCCCAUGGCAUUCUCUCAGGGCUGUUCUUUAUCCCAGACAAUAAUUUCUCUAAGGAGAAUUCGGGACAAAUCUAUAGCUAGCAAUGCAGAUAUUUACACCCAUUAUUUAUGGAGAUAUAUUGUGAUCCUGCGUAUAUGUAAAAGUACUAAGAUGUUUUAACUUCAAGCUACACAUACUGAACGAUGGCAAUGAAAUAGUUAUGCAAUAAGUCAGUGAUGAAACAUUGUAUGUGAAAGAUUAUUGAAUUAAAGUGUACUGAAUACGUUUCUGAAAAAUAACUUAAAGGGAUAGUUCACCCAAAAGCACAAAUUCUGUCAUCAUUUAUUUGCCUUCAUUUUGUUCCAAAACCAUAUUCCUUUUUUCUACAGAGGAAGAAUGACAGAUGACAGAACUUUCAUUUUUGGAUGAACUAUCCCUUUAAAGCUGCAAAUCCUAAAAAGUGAUAAUGAAAUAGCUGUUAUGCAUCAUGCAAAUGAAACAUUGUGCGUGAAAGAUAUUUAACAUGGGUUUUGAGUUGAUUUAUGUUAAAUAACUUUAGUGCAUUAUGCAAUGGCAACAUAGCAUGAACUCAUAUUCAGGUGCUUUAUGAAUUAGAUCUGUUUCUAUAUGAUAAUAUGUUUUGGUUUCACUACCAUUGUGAUGUCUACUUUUAUGAAUGAAAAAUAUAUUUAUCUUGCAUUAUGUUUUAGCCAUAGUUUUCUUACGCAUUUUAAUUGUUUUUAGGGUUGAGAAGAUUCCUGAUGGAAAAAUAAGAAUGUUGUAACUUCUGUGUGAUUGAUUAAAAGAAUGUUCCGGGUUCAGUACACGUUAAGCUCAAUCAGAGAUUAUUUAGCAGAGGUGGGCCGCUUUUAUUAAAAUGAAUGGGAGAAAUCGGAGCGCCCAGGUAUACAAGCUGAGAAAAUCUUGUUUUUUUAGCGUAAUCUGAUGUAAAGAAGCACAAAUUAUGAUACCAGUGUUGUCUGAUUUUUCUGCUGAUUUGAAAUAUGUUCUUUGAUCGUAAUCUUGACCAUACGUUUUGGAGAUUUCGGUCUUUUCCCAUUCAAGUAGACAUGAACUGCACUGGUAUGACUGGAAAUAGUCUCCCGAGAGUGUUCCAAAGAUGGCCAAGAGUAGACUGACUUUGGCUCAGUCGACAUUAUUUGUGGCAUAAUGUUGAUUACCAUAAAAAUUUAUUUCGACUCAUACCUCCUUUUUAUUUUAUUUUUUUCAAGAAAAGCAAAAAUCAAGGUUACAGAGAGGCACUUACAAUGAAAGUGAAUGUGGCCCAUUUUUGGAGGGUUUAAACAGAAAUGUGAAGCUUAUCAUUUUAUAAAAGCACUUGCAUUAAUUCUUCUGUUAGAACUUGUGUAUUAUUUGUUAUUAUUUGCUGUAAAGUUGUUUAAAUUGUCAUUUUUAUAGGCGUUUUAGGGUUUGUUGUCAUUACAUCAUCAUGGUAACAAAGUUGUAAAAUUGGCUUUAACUUUACACAGAAAAGGUUAGUAAGUGAUUUUAUCACACUAAAAUAAUGUUUACAUGCAUGUCCGUUAUGUCUUAUGACUAUACUUUUGAAACAGUAUUUUAAUUUUUAAAAAUUGGCCACCAUUCACUUCCAUUGUAAGUGCCUCACUGUAACCUCAAUUUUUCCUUUUUUAUAGAAGAGGAGGGCCGAGUCUAAUUACAUUUUUGGGGUUAUCAGCAUUAUGCCACAAAUGCUUUCAACUGGGCUAAACUUGCAUUGAACCCAGAACAUUCCUUUAAUGUAUUUUUCUUUUUUUUUUUAUUUAAUGUAAAUUAUUUGUUUACUUUUUGUCAAUGGUCUCAUCAUUUUUACAAUUCCAUAUUUGAAUGAAGGAAAAAAAAUGUUGAAGGAAAAAACGCACGUAUAUGAAGGUUUUAUGAGUACACUGAAAUGUAUUUAAGGAUAUCAUAUGUUCAGGCUGGCUAUAUUAAAGUGAUUUUUCAUUAUGCAAGCUGUCUGCUCAUGAUGCAGUUCGGGCCUGGGUGCCUUUAUUUUCAGUAAAUGGUUUUAUUAUUUUUCAUUCAAGGCAAUUUACGCAACAGAAUUUUCAGGGUCAUUGCCUCUGCAAUUAAAUGCCUUGCUUAAGGACUUGACAGCAAUAAAUAAAGGGAUUGAACUUCAAAUCCUUUGUGUUAUCAGCACUGACACUAAACCAUUAGGCUACCAUCACCCUUAGUCCAGACAAAACUGUCUGUAUAUCUCAAUCUACCCUGUCAACCAUAUCAAACACAGUUAUUAUUUAAAAAAAAGUCAUGUACUCUGCUUAGCACUUUCACACAGCCAAAAUAUAUCAGCUCGUUAAUUACCUGAAAAUACAUAGUUUUGUAUAAUACUGUUUUUAGACUUGGUUAUUUGGAGUAGGAAUUUUUGUGAUGUGUUUUGACCUGGCCUGUCCAAUUCCUCAGCUUACAAGCAAAAUGUCUUUACAUUUUCAAACAAUUUAUCUUCAUGAUUUGAAAAUAUGUGUGGUAGUCUUCAGACAGCCGCUCCGAAAACCUUAAAAUAUGGAAAUAAAGAAAACUGAAGUUUUA